AUGGCUCGUCGCGGUAGGCCCGCCCGCAAGGGUAGUCAGCACGGGGGAAGUGUUUCGCUGCACACCGAUAAAUUCCAGACCACGUCCUCCUCUUCAUCGAACGAAUGCAGCACGCUGUCCGUAUCCGAUACUGAUUCUUCUGAGCAUGGCAGCAGCUAUUUCGCCCAAUUCUCCGACUUUGAGGAGGAACCUGGUGCCAGCCUAACGAGCGAGAUGGCGCGUCUCGCAGUCCAGGAGAAGUGGUCCAAGAAGGAGAAGCAGCGCCAGCGUCUGGAUGCCUUCGACGCCGAGUUUGCUCGCCACUUCGGUAUCGACAUGGGUAAGCUCGAAAUGUGGCAGGAGAUGUGCUGUCUGUGCCGAAUUGAGGAUAUCCCUACGUCAAUCACUCAGUGCAAGAAGGCGUUGGCCAAGGUCCACCUCAACAUCUUCAACUUCUUGGAUCAUUGCCGCAACCCUAAGGUCUUUGAGCUCAAGCUCUUCCGCAACAUCUCGAAGCUUCGCGAGUACACCGUUCCCAAUUUCAUCUAUCCUCUGAAGCGUGCGAAGGCAGACACGUUCAUUAAGGCGCUUCUGCGUCCGUUCGGCUUCACCCAUUACAAGUAG